CGCGGGGGCGUGGCGAAGGGCAGGGUGCAGUGACUGUGACUCAGGCUCCUUCGUUCGCUAACUCAGUUUGGACUCUGGACUCUCUGACUACGUUCCUCACGGGGUAGGUCUCCAGCGAGCUCGGGAUGUUCGAGAAGAUCGAGGCGAGCCGCGGUCGGUUCCUUCCAGCCACCAAGGGAGUACACCUGACCCAGCCCCCCAAGGGGGAUCCACUGGUGGCUGCGGAGCGCGACUGGGACGCGUCGACCACCAAAAGCAGCGACCGCCACUGUCCGACCUACGGCCGGGUCUUGGAGGACGUCAACCGCCUGUCCAACCUCCUGGGUCGCUUCUUGCAAGCGACGGACGAACUGGUCGGCGCAAACGCGGCGCGGACGCAGCCGCUGACCAGGUCGCUCGCAGAUCGCCGGUCCUACCGCCGAAGUUUGCGGCUGGAGCGGAGCGACUCCGGCGUGAGCGCAGGGGCUCGGGCGCAGAGCAGGAAAGUAGCGGCAGAUCGGCGGCAGGAUGGAGAGGACCCGGUGGACGAGGGUCUGGCCGAGCACGAAUGGAUGAUGGCGGCGGCCGGAGGCGAUCUGGAGAAGCUGGCAGCGCUGCUGGAUUCGGUGCCCGGUCUGUUGAACAGGAAGGACCCGGUGACGGGGCUGACGGCGGCGCACUGGCUCGCCAAGAAGGGAAACGACGGAGCGCUGCGGGAACUGGUGUGCCUGGCGGAAAGUCGUGGUCUGCGCCUGGACCUGAACUGUCGGGCCGGCGGAGGGGGCCACACACCCUUGCACCUGGCGGCCAUGCAGGGACACCAGAUGGUCAUCAAGCUACUGAUCGGCGCCUACAACGUCGACGUGGACGCCCGUGACUUCGGCGGUAGGAAAGCCUGGCAUUACCUGGCCAGCGGGGUCCCCGGCAAACUCCGGGAGCUGGUCGGGGCGCAGGAUCAGGAGCGCCCGAACGGGACUGCAGACCACCCCAAGAAGUGCCCCCAGUCGCAGGAGGAAGAAACUCAAGUGGACAGUCCGUCCAAAAAGCCCCAGUUCCUUGUAAUCGCCUCAUUGCAGAGAAUCUUACACUCAAGCUAUUGGCGCUGGUGGAAACGCUCCUCGGUUUAGACUGAGACUAUACAAUACAGUAAACUAUAGCCGCGGCGUGGACUGAGAACCCGGCACUACUAGAUUUUCUAUAGCACCAGCCAUGUUCUCAUUGACGGGGCAUCCCAAAGCACUUUAUCUCUGUGAAGAAAUCGCUGCCGGACAGCAAAUGAACCAACGAACAUUAAUCUCUAGUGCUAAAUUUAACGUGAUCAACGCGUAUAUAUCUUUGAAUUGCGUUGUAAAGCACAAUUAUUUGCUCUCAAAAUUAUGAUGUAUUUUACUGACAAUUUAUGACAUAUUGGUUUCCAUUUUCAAAUGGUAAAUUUAUUGAAAAAAAAGCUUUUCACUUUGAGUCCUUGCACGAUGAUAUGCCACAUCUAUACUUCCCAGUAAUAACUACAUUAUAUGUUCUGGGAGCAGUACGGGAAUUUCUUUGUUGUUGUUCUUAUGUGCAAUUUAUAAAUAAGGAAAAUAAUAGAUUUGGUACCUGGUGACGAUGGUAAUUGUGUGAUGAUGCUACUGAAUUGAUAAGAUUUAAUACUUGAUCUUGACUGUAUUUAUUUUCCCCACUCACCUUGCCCCUUGCCUGGUUUCGCCUAUCACCUUCCAGCCUGUACCCGUUGCCCUCCUCCCAGCUACUUACUCUAACUUCUUCCCCCUUCCCCUCCCGUCCUCUUGAGCGUCAACUGUUUAUCCUUUCCACAGAUUCUGCCUGACCUGCUGAGUUCCUCCAGCAUUUUGUGUGUGUUUACCUCAGGUUUUCCAGCAUCUGCAGAAUCUCCUCUUUUUAUAUUUAUUUUCAGUAUGUUUUCCAAAAAAUCAGUUUAAAUUUUACUUCAUUUGGGAACUUUUGUACUAGAAAUCUCUAUUUUGUGCCAUUAAUGUGUAUUUGACAAAACCUUUGACUCAUGGUUUAUUACUAUGUGUAAAAGAAAUUCACCUGUGACAUUUAUAUUGAUUGUGUGAUUGAGUAUUAAUCAUAAAGACCAUGAUUAAUAAUGGACACAAUAAAAGCAACUGGAAAAUGA